AACUUAUAAAGUCAUGAGUGAUGUCCUGAAAAGUUCGCAGGAGCGAUCACGCAAACGUAAACAAUUGUUGGCCCAAACAUUGGGCCUGUCCAGUGUAGAUGAACUGAAAAUAGCAUUAGGAAAUAAUGAUUCGAAUAAUGGAUCAAAUUUAAAUUCCAAUAGUUUUGGUCCGAAUACCAGUUCCGUACACAAUAGCCAACGAUCUCAAGAUGAUGAAGAGGCUGAUGGUGGCGGUGCUAGUGCAUCAAAGAAGACACCAGGAGAAAUUAUAUACCGAGAUUCAUCGACAUUUCUGAAGGGAACACAAUCGUCCAAUCCCCACAAUGAUUACUGCCAACAUUUUGUAGAUACCGGUCAAAGGCCGCAAAAUUUUAUACGUGAUGUAGGUUUAGCAGAUCGAUUUGAGGAGUAUCCAAAGCUAAGGGAAUUGAUACGGCUAAAGGAUAAACUCAUCCAGGAUACGGCCUCACCACCGAUGUAUCUGAAAGCCGAUUUAAAGACUUUGGAUGUGAAAACGUUGGGUACCAAAUUUGAUGUAAUACUCAUAGAACCGCCACUGGAGGAAUAUGCAAGGGCGGCACCAUCUGUGGCCACGGUGGGUGGAGCUCCACGGGUAUUUUGGAACUGGGAUGAAAUUUUGAAUCUUGAUGUUGGAGAAAUUGCUGCCCAUCGUUCGUUUGUGUUCCUGUGGUGUGGCUCAUCGGAAGGUUUGGAUAUGGGCCGUAACUGUCUAAAGAAAUGGGGUUUUCGACGGUGUGAAGAUAUCUGUUGGAUUCGUACGAAUAUCAAUAAACCCGGUCAUUCCAAGCAACUGGAACCCAAGGCAGUAUUUCAACGUACCAAGGAACAUUGUUUGAUGGGCAUAAAGGGCACGGUACGACGUUCAACAGAUGGUGAUUUUAUACAUGCCAAUGUGGAUAUUGAUUUGAUCAUUUCCGAAGAAGAUGAAUUUGGUUCAUUUGAAAAGCCCAUAGAAAUAUUCCACAUCAUUGAACAUUUUUGUUUGGGUCGCCGUCGUCUGCAUUUAUUUGGCAGGGAUUCAAGUAUACGUCCGGGUUGGUUAACCGUUGGCCCAGAAUUGACUAAUUCGAAUUUUAAUGCCGAAUUAUAUCAGACAUAUUUUGCUGAAGCACCUGCAACGGGUUGUACGACACGCAUUGAAUCGUUAAGACCCAAAAGUCCACCAGCUAAUAGUAAGAUUAUUAGGGGUCGUGGUGGCAGGGGUUUUCCUCGUGGUCGUGGCAGAGGAAGAUAG